AUUUUUUGCACAAACAAUCAGAUGUUUUUGUUUUCAAUAAAUUUCACUUGUUGAUAAGACAAUAAUAGUAUAAAAUUAAAAAAAUUUCCAUCAAUAAUGUUGAAGGUUAUAACUAAUUUAAAUAAGCCACAAGCUGUGACCCAAAUUUGCAAAGCUGCCCUGCAUGUUUCCAGCACCAGAGCAGCUGCACAAACCUACACCGAAGUUACACAAUCCAAUGGCAUACGUGAGAUAUGUUUAAAUGAACCCAAAACACGUAAUUCCCUUUCCAUGGGUAUGAUGAAUUCCAUAUUGGAGGCUCUAACCAGUGACUGGCAAAAUAAGGAAUUACGUUGUAUUGUCUUAAGUGCCAAAGGACCGGUAUGGUCGGCCGGCCACAAUCUAAAAGAACUUAUACCUGGCAGUGAACAGAAUUGCCAGAAAGAGGUAUUUCAAAAGUUAACUGAUAUAAUUUUAAAUAUAUACAAAGCACCAGUACCAGUUAUAGCCAAAGUUAAUGGUUUGGCGGCAGCAGCCGGUUGUCAAUUAGUGGCUUCAUGUGAUAUUAUUAUUGCUUCAGAAAAGAGUAAUUUCUCUACGCCAGGCGCCAAUUUUGGGGUAUUUUGUUCUACUCCGGGCAUUGCUAUAUCGCGCGUUAUGGCCAGACCCCAAUCAGCUUAUAUGCUAAUGACCGGUUUACCCAUAACGGCACAAGAAGCCUUUACGGCUGGUCUUGUAAGUCGUGUGGUACCCGUGGCGGAAUUGGAAACUGAAAUGCAAAAAGUCACCGAUGCUAUUAAGCAUAAAAGUCGUACUGUUAUUGCUUUAGGCAAAGAGUUUUACUACAAACAAUUGAAUUUGUCCAUUGAAGAGGCUUAUAAAUUGGGAUCUGAAAAAAUGUUGGAAAAUCUUGGCUUAAAUGAUUGUCAGGAGGGCCUUCGUAGUUUUGUGGAAAAACGUAAAGCCCAAUGGAAACACGAAUAAAUAGAAGUAUGAAUGAUUUACAACUUUCUAAAGGAACAUUUAUAGCGACUAAUUUUUCAACUCUUCAAAUUUGUCAAAGUGCAUUUAUUAGUUUUUAUAUAAAAUCAUGAUGGUUAUAUUAUAAUGUAAAAUAAUGUAAAAAGAAAUAAAUAUGUAAAUAAAGUUUGAAAACAUUUUGUAAA